UGGAAUUCUUUUUCAACUAAUAAGAAUUAAAUAUAUAUUUUGCUUAAAUAUUCCUGUCCGAUGUCUUGUAAAACCAAAUUUAAAUCCACCACACUAUGUAAGAGGUGGUCCAGUUGGCGUGGUAGGGUGACUUGUAACCACAGCCGAAGCCUUCUUAGUCGAGCUUGUCUCUUAAGAAUUUCUUAGGGUGGCUCAGUUUCAUCACAGUGUCGCCUAGGGCAAUGCCUUUCACGUCCUGGCAGUGCACCAUCACUGUCAGGAAAGGCCGCCGUGACGUUUGGCUAGGGCGGCAUCCAUGCGGCGCAAAAAAUGAUGCGGGGAUGCCAAGGCGACACCAAAUGGAAAUUGGAAAGUGACUUUGAACUGGAAUAACUUCUAUUGGCCCGACCCAUUUGAUUAUAGUACCCAAGUCGCCCAGAAUAAUUUCUAUUGACCCAACCCAUUUGUUAUUUUACCCAACUCGCCCGGAGUAACUUAUAUUUGGUCGGCCCAUUUGAUUAUUUAACCUAUUUAACACCUAUAAAUAUCAAACCCUAGCCGCUGUCUGCUCUUGCGUUUUUACCUUCCUCUUUUCUCUGCCGCUCCGCCGACCUAUUGUCAUCUGCCAUCGCCGACGUCGUCCGCCAUCGCUGACCGUAGGGAUUCACCGAUGGAUUACAAUGACAAUGACUAUGAAGGCCAUAAUCUUCCCUUAACCAGUGAAGAAAGCUCUAAGUUUUCUUCUGUUUUGCGACCGUUUGCACUUCCCAAGUUUGAUUUUGAUGACAACCUCCAUGCACAUUUAAGAUUUGAUAGUUUAGUUGAAAACGAAGCUUUUCUUGGUAUUCCAAACCAGGAAGACAACCAGUGGAUUGAGGAUUAUUCUCGCGGAGGCAACGGAAUAGAGUUCAGUGCUGCUGCAGCAGUUUCUUGUGCUUUGCCUAGGCAUGUUAAUGUCUGGUCAGAGGCAACAUCAUCUGAAUCUGUUGAAAUGCUACUGAAGGCAGUUGGGCAGGAAGAAAUGGUCCAGGGUGAAAAUAUUGAGGAAUCGGAUCCAGGCAAUCAGCUUGCUAGUUCAACUGGACAUACGGAAAAGAACUUGAGGCCGGAUGAUAUGAUUGAAGAUGUUGAACACCAGAAUUCUUCAUUCCCGCCUACUGGAGUUGAGGGCAAUAUUUCUAGGUCAAAUCUGAGUGCAGGGCUUGAAGAUGCUCUCUCUGAAUAUACUUUACCAGCGCAGGAGACAAAUUUUUCUGCAUAUAAUGUAUGCGACGAUAGCAAAGACGAUAUCACGAUAACCACAGAGAACUUGAAUUCUGAUAUGAAAAAUGUGCAUGAUAAACCUGUGGACGGUUCUGACUUGGUGAAUGAUUCUCAGCCGAAUCAAGUGCAAGGAAACUUUCCUAUUCUUGACACAGAUAUCAACUUUACAAGAAGCACUUCUCAGAGCAAUGUUGUUAGUGUUAAGGAGUUCUAUGAUCAGGAUAAGAUUAGUGGUUCUGGUACUGUAAAUGCAAGUUGCAUAGCUGAAUGUAUUUCUGAUGCAACAGUAAAGGAACAGGAAGAACAGUGUGAAAAAAAUGAUGAGAGGUUGAAAGGGGUUGUUGAAACUGGUAGCAUAUUGGAUUACUUACCUAGUGUGAAUCAGUCAAAGGUGGAAUCCUCAAAAGAAGAACAAGCAGUAGAAGUUAAUGUUAAAAGCGGUGAGGAUGUUUCUUGUGUACCCAGUGUAGGUAAAUCUGUAUGCACAGAUGGAUUCAAUGAGGUUGCACUUAAUGAACCUGCGGCUGGCAGUCAACAUGAGACGGUGGUUCUCUCUUCUGGCACAGAUGCUAAGCAUCUGGAUGAAAGUUGUGGCAUAUUACCGGGAAGAUCAUUUGUGUCCAUUGAAGGAGAAGGUGGUGUGGGGUACAGAAUAAAUGGCUCUGAUGUUGCAUCCCCUACAAAUAAUGACAAAAUUACAAAUGAUAGUCCUGUUAUUCAGUCAUCAGAUAGGAUCAGAAGUGGUGGUGAUGACGAUGAUGUCCUUGGAAGCAACAGUUCUCUUGAGGGUCCAGAUUCAACUGUCGAGCCUUCUGUGUUCCAUGAGGUCCUAAGCACUUCUCCUAAGCAAGAUGAUGACAAAAACACUAAUCCUGCCGAUGAUGUGGGUAACUUGAAAGAUACGUCUAGUGCUGUUGAAUGUUGUAAAGAGAAAUCAGUGCUCGGUGAUGCAAUAAAUGUCCUAGAUUCAUCUGCAACUCAGAAGGACAUUGUAAAGGAAGCGAAUCAUGUUUCCUCUCCAUCAACAGCUGGGAGCUUGCAGACAUGCAAGGAAGAUAUUACCUCCAUGCAGGUGGACAAUCAAGAGGAUGACCUAGUUGGUUCUGUCCAGGGGAAAAAGGACGAGAUAUUGUCACUUGAUUCUAGUAAUUCCACUCACGAUGACAAAAUGUGGCAAGCUUCUUCAGGUGAAGGUAACACUAAGACGACAAUUGGAUUACAACCAACCAAUUCUGCUGGGGAUUAUCCAGGUGUUAAUUUGGGUGACUCUCAUGAGAGCAACACACCUUCACGUGACAAGGGACAUGUAAUUCAGAGUAAAGAAAAUGAUUCUGAUGUUCUCGAACAACCAAAUACUUCAGUUUCAGAGGAGGUUUUGAUGUCAACAAAGAUUGCCAUCCCUGUGGCCAUUGAGAAGGAGCCUGAUUCAGCAGCUGAAAGUACAAGGAUGAAUGAGCAAUCUAUUUUGUUGGGUGAGACUUCAGCUGCGGCUGCUCCUGAUGCUACAUGUGUGGAAUUGAAUAAAACGGUGGGACACCCCGUGGACAACUUUAUGGUCCAAGAUGGUGGUGCUGAAGGUGGGCCUAUUGAAGGUCUACUUGAAGCAAAGAAGGAAAAAGAUCAUGGGAUGAAGUCUUCAAGUAUGUCAGCUGCUGUCUGUACUGUUGAAAUUGAAAGAUCUAUCCAGGCUGCUGAUCCUGGCACCGGUCUCAGUGGUCUCGCUCAAGAUGAUAUGAACAAAAAAGCAUCCCUUGAAAGGAUCAAUGCACAAAGCAUUGGUGAAAUUCUGACAAAAUCCGAAACUGCAGGAGCAAUUAUUUCAUCCAAAGAUGAGGGACCCUUUACUUUUGAGAUGAAAAAGCAGGGGGUUCAGUCUACAGGAGAUUUUUCUAUGGGUUUGCAAUCAUUUCCUAGAAUUCAAGCUUGCAAAAUGGCAUUGGCUGGGGAAAGAUCCUCUUCAUCAGCAGGUGGCAGUCUGAUGGAUGCGGUGGUGGUUACUGAAAGUCCUCAUGUUAGUUCUGUAACCACCAGUGCUGGCCCUCCAUCUGGAGGCACUACUGAGCGGAAAGCAAGGCGUGGCAGUAGUAAAUCUGCAAGGGGUAGUGCAAAAAAGGUGAAUAAAGAAAUCCCUCCACUGAGGCACACGGAUAAAGGGGGUAAAUCAUCUCAGCUGUUGAGUCCUUUAGGUGCUGGUCAACUCAUGGCAUUUGAAAGUGUUCUGAAGCCGAGGGGUGCUGUUUCUGUGCCUACCUGUGGCCUGCCUGAUCUGAAUACUUCUUCUGGUCAAUCAUCUGCAUUUUUUCAGCAGCCUUUUACGGAUUUACAACAAGUGCAAUUGCGUGCACAAAUAUUUGUUUAUGGAUCUCUAAUACAAGGAGUUGCACCUGACGAAGCUUGUAUGAUUUCUGCCUUUGGCACAAGCGAAGGAGGCAGGAGCAUUUGGGAGGUUUCUUGGCGUGCUUGUGUUGAAAGGCUUCAGAAUCAGAAAUCCCAGGGAACCAAUAGUGAAACUCCACUACCUUCACGGCCAGGUGUUAAAACUCCAGAUCAAACUAAUAGACAGAGUUCCAUUGAAAGCGAAGUGAUUCCCUCUGCGACUAGUCGAGGAGGCACAAAGCCCAUCCCAUCUCCUGUUGUUAAUCCCUUGAUGCCUCUCUCAUCGCCCUUGUGGAAUAUGGCAACCCCAUCUUGUGAGGGACUGCCAUUGAGCAGCAUGACCAAAAGCUCCAGUUUUGAUUAUCAGGCUCUUUCACCCUUGAAUCCGAGCCAAAUUCCACCUAUAAGGAAUUAUGUAGCACACACCUCUGGGCCCUUGCAGGCUUCCUUUCCGGUACCCUGGCUUGCCUCGUCGCUAAGUUCUCCUUUUGAUAUCACUACUAGCUAUCCUAAUUUUACAAUCAUGGAGCCAGUAAAAUUAACUCCAGCCAAGGAAGCAUUCUUGCCAAUCGGCGCGGGCACAAAGCACAUAUCUCCCAUUCCUGCUACACUGACUGCAGCAACAAGUGUUUUUGCUGGGACUCCUUCACUUCCUGUUCCCGUGACGCUGACUGCAGCAACCACUGUUUUUACUGGGACUCCUUCUCUUGAUUCUAAAAGGGUGAAAUCAUCAGGUGGACAGACUUCUGAUACAAAAACUAGGAAGAGAAAAAAGUCUUCUGGCGAUGAUGUGUUACAGAUUCCUGUUCCUACUUCUCAAGUGGAUACUCAGUCUGCUCCAUUGGUAUCUAAUCAAUUAUCAAAGAGGACUCCUGGAGUUGAGGGGUUUAAUCAAAUCUCUUUGACUGGUCAUAAUCAGGCAAGCCUAAUUCCUAAAUCUGUUAUUGAGAGUCAUUAUACAGCAUCAGUUUCUGCUGCAAACUCUUCUAGCUUGAUAUCUAAAAAUACCACAAACCAGUUUUUGUCUGUGGUACCAUCAUCAAUUACAGCUGAUUGCAUGAAUAGAUGUGAUUCAAAUAUUGACAAGAUGAUGCUGAAUGUUGAGAGUCUGGGCAAAGUGAAGGAGGCCAGAUCACAGGCAGAGGAUGCUGCAGCCCUCGCUGCUGCAGCCAUUAGCCAGUGUGAAGGUAUGUGGAACCAGUUAAACCAGCACAAAAACUCUGGUUUGAGUGCAGAAACUGAGUACCAAGUAGCAUCUGCUGCUGUACAAAUAGCAGCAGCUGCUGCUGUUGCAAAGGCAGCUGCUGCAGCUGCCAAGAUUGCUUCAACAGCUGCGUUGGAAGCUAAGCAGAUGGCUGAUGAGGUUAUUGCCAAAUCUGGGCUUCCCAGCACAACCAAUUAUGGUGCAGUUUUAACUUCCAAUGCAAUGAAAUUGCCAGAUGUAUCCCCUUUUUCCAUUUUACAGGGAGGAAACUGGAACAAUGCUUCCAGUUUAGUGAUAUCUGCUGCCAAGGAGGCCACUAGGAAAAGAAUUGAAGCUGCUUCGACUGCCACAAGGCAAGCUGAAAAUCUUGAUGCCAUUGUAAAAGCUGCAGAAUUGGCUGCAGAAGCAGUUUCACAUGCUGGAAAAAUUGUCACCUUGAAUGAUCAUUUCAGUUUAAGUGAUCUUGCCAUGGCUGGGCCAAGUAAUUAUUUGAAAGGUUUGCAGGUGGUUGCCCCUCCUGGCUCAAACCCCGGGAAUUUGAUUGUAAACAAAUCUAUCAGUAGCAAUGCCGGUGAAGUGUCUAAUUUUUAUAUGAGCCAACAUGGGAAGUCUGAUCUGAAUAUGCAUGUGAUAAGCAAUGCUGUGUCACCUAUUGAAAGAGACUCGUCCAGAAAUUUAGGGCCUGAUCAUGUCACAGUUGAAGGUAAUGUCAUAGCAUCUAUGAAGAAUGGAGAGAAGAAUUCUAAGCCCCAGAAGGAUAACAAGGCAUCCAAUGGAUCUAAAUUUCCUGGUAUUUGGUCUGAUACAGACAGUGUACCGAGUAUAAAAGAGAGCUCCUAUGUUGAGGUUCUUAAAAAUCGUGGUGACUUAAAGGCCUGGUUCACAGCCACUGUAUUGACUGUGAAGGAAGCUGAUGCCCUAGUUUGUUACACAGAACUUAAAUCUGAUGAAGGGUCAGAACUGCUGAAGGAGUGGGUUUCAUUAGAAGCUAAGGAUGGCAAUGCUCCCCAAAUACGUAUUCCCCAUCCUAUGUCUGCUGUACAAUCUGAAGGAACAAGAAAGAGACGCAGAGCGGCUGCCAAGGAUUAUACUUGGGUUACUGGAGACAGAGUCGACGCAUGGGUUCAAGAUUGCUGGUGUGAAGGGAUUGUUGCAGAAAAGAAUCCAAAAGAUGCAGCAGCAUUGAAUAUACAUUUUCCUGAUUUAAGAGAUACAUUAUCCGUCAAAUUGUGGCAUCUACGGCCAACAUUGGUGUGGAGUAACGGACAAUGGACUGAAUGGUGCAGACCUGGACAUGACAGCACUUUGCAGGGCGAUACACCUGAUGAGAAGAGAGUGAGGCUGGGUGGAGCUUUUGAGAUGAAGGGGGGUGCUAAAAUGGCUAAAAGCCUUACUUUUGGAGAAGCAGGGAAAAAUGAAAAACCAGGACUGCCUUUAUCUGCUAGUGAUAAAGUGUUUAAUGUAGGUAGCACAAAGGAGCAGAAUAAGCCCAAGACUGGCAGGACAAAGACAAAGAAACCGGCUUCAGAGAAAGCACCUAGAGUAGUGAUUGGUGUCCCUAAACCUGGGAAAAGGAGAAAAUUUAUGGAAGUGAGUAAACAUUAUGUCUCCGAGGGGAGCAGCAAGGCUAGUGUACUUAGCGACUCAACAAAGUUAGCCAAAAUUUUGAAUCCUCAAGUAUCAGGGACUUGGGGAACAAAAAAUAAAUCUAAACCUGAUGCAAAGGAUAAGCAAGUUGCAGAGUCUAAAACAAAAGCCCCCAAGUCUGGCAAACCCCCAAGCAUUCCAAGUAAAAACGUUCCCAAGAAAGAUGGCUCAACAUCUUCACAGGCUAAUGAGCAUGAUGCUACAGUGUCUGAUCAGGCAUUAGUGGGAUCCACGAGUCAUGAAGAGAAUGACUCUGGUGGACAAAACAUUACUGAGUUUGGAUCUUUCACUAAUGUGGAGGCGACUUCUGAAGAGACUAUGCCAUCAUCUUCUCAAGAUGUGCUGCCGGACAACCGUAAGAAAGUAACAAGGAACGCUAAUACUGAGCGCAACAACCAGGGAAAACCUGCAUCAACCAGCGAAGAAUCAUUGAAGGAUGAAGCGAAUGAGGGAGUGAACUCUGAUGUUGCGGAACGGCGCCGAUCAAAUCGCCGAAUCCAGCCGACCUCACGGCUGUUGGAAGGUCUUCAAAGUUCAAUGGUGAUCCCAAAAUUCCCAUCGACCUCGCAUGACAAAGGCCCCAGGAGUCACAAGAAGAGGCCAAACCAGAGGGAAUGAGGAUUGUAUUCGGCGAGUGGAGAAGAAUGGCCGCCGAAUGAGCAAAUGAUGGAAUGUAGCUGCUGUUGAAGUAGAUUUAUCUGUAAAGUCUCAAUAUAGAGUGAGAAUGCAAUUGCUCACUCACUGUCAUGUCUCACUGUAAAAUUGAAGAAUUGAGGUGGUAGAUGUUAAUAUUGGUUUUAGUUGUGGCAUAUAGAACUAGAUGUUGCAGACUUUCUGUACCCGACUUUCGUGUUCGUGAUUGUGCCCGUCCGCGCCCUCCGGUAGCAGCUCUGUGUAAGGAGGCUCUAUGUUUGUCACCGUUUGCAUUGCAGCAGGAACUCUGAAUCUAAAAUUAUAGGACUGACUUAUGUUUGAUCAUUACUAUAUACUUCUGGUUUUUGAAUUUUACUUUAGCCCCCAUUUGGAAACAUUAUAAUGGAAAUUAUGUCAUA